AUGUUGGCGCCAGUCGUAUUAUUAAGCAGUGUUUGUGUGAUUGUGUUCGCUCAGAACAAUGCUAACGAUCCAAUAUCUUGGGGCUGGCACAUGUCACCAGCUGGUCCUGGGACUAUCGGACAUUACUUCGUGAAAUUACCUCAGUCAGAGCAACAAGUCCGUUACCUAGCUGACGGUAGCGGCUACCACAGCUCCCUCAGCGUCACUACCAGCGACCCUCAACACCAUCACUCUACGAACAUCGCACUUGGUGAAAAAGCUGUGGAACUUUCUGGACAGACGCCAGUUUCACCUCAAUUAAAUCUAAGUCAGACACCAUUUCAAAAUUCCGGACAAACUCCAACGGGAGUUUAUUUCUUACAACAAGAGUUCCCGUACCAAGCACCAUAUACACAAACCAUAUCAAACCAACCAAAUUUUAUACAAUAUUCAUCAAUACCCAAUCACUAUUAUUCCGAUAGAGGCGCUUUAAAUCCUUACUACAAUAUACAGACACAUAACCAAGAUAUUAAUAAUAAUUAUGAGAUAAAUCGUGAACAGAAACAAACAGAUAUUAAUAAAGAUGAAAUUAUAGAAACCAGAGAAAAUGGACCCGUUGUUGUGUUCAAAGAUAAUAAAUGUAAAAAUGACGAAGGAAACACACAAACAAAUAACAUCAACAAAGUUCAGAACGAAAAUAUUCAAGAAACACUCGCAUAUAACACGAAAAUAAAUGGUAAUUUUGGGGAAAAGGAUAAUAAAUUAAUUACGAGCCAUUCAAAUAGCAAAGAAUUUCAUUAUGAUACUGAAAUAGAUCAUUACUCUACAUCAAGACCGGUGAUUUUUACUCAAGAUGAGGGGAUCUCAAGACUUGUGGCUUCCACACAGGACCUCAUAUCAAAUGACGAUUUAUUAAGAAUCAAUCACGCGGCGGAAAGAUUCAUACACUACAGUGACGACCUGAUCAAACCUAAGCGUAAAUCAUCAAGCAUCAGCUUCAAAACCAACAACGGAAGUCCACGCAGCAGAAUCACCGUUACAGCGAAAGUCGGUAAAAUCGUUGACAGCAAUGUAGAACAUCCGUUUACAUUAACUAAAAAUCCAUCCAAAGAAUAUAAUUACCAAACAGAAAGAGAUAUUAAAUUCGCAUCACCAAUAAUCGUAGAGGACCAAGGUGAUUAUAAAGAACAGAUUCUGAAUAAUUUCAUAUCUUCAGUGACUCCGUAUAUCAAUGAUGGGUACCAAAUAAUUGGUGUCAAGAAAAACAUUAACAAUACUCAUGAUAAUAAAGAAGAUUUAGUGAAUAUAACUCCAAGACCUAUCAGUCAACAUUAUCUAACACCAAUAACUGUAGCUUUGAGGUUACUCAAUGAUAAUAGCACUCAGUUUUCCGACUUGGUAGACCACGAGCCUUCAGACAGCGAAUUUGUCGAAAGAACAGUACAGGGACCUCGUAAAGGCAAAACGCUCGUGGAAAUACAAGAAUCAAUUCCAAUAGACAUAACACACAUCAAUGAUGUUGAAUAUCAUGAGUAUUUGGAAGACGGCAGAAUCAAUCGAGAGCAACCUAGGAAGGUUUACUACCAGAGAUAUCAACCUAACAGCUCUGAUAAGGAAAAACAUCGCAAUAAUUAUGAUAAUUAUCACAAUUCUGAUAAAAAGGAAAAUCAAGAUGAACAUAUAGAUGAUAAGAAUGUACGCGGAGACCAGAUACAGUCGAACACAGACCAUGAUGAUGCGUACUACACAAAUAAGAUGAUUCAACCCAUUAUUAUUGAGAAGCCAGUCCCGGUCAAUACUUUUGUUGAUCGCUUCGUGGAAAAACCUUCUGAUAGGGAUGAGGGUAAACCGGUGGAAAUUACCAAAUAUAUAGAUAAACCUUACCCGGUUGAAGUGAUCAAACCUUAUCCUGUGGAAGUCAGGGUUCCGUAUCCGGUUGAACAUAAGGUAUACGUAGAUAGACCCAUUCAUGUACCGUAUACGGUUGAAAAGGUUGUCGAGAAACAAAUGAUUCAUCCGUUUCCGGUUCCCACGCCUGUUGGGAUACCGGUAGCUAUUCCGGUUGAGAAGAAUGUUAUAUAUCCCGUGGCUUUUGAGACGCCUGUUCCUGUGGCUGUUCCCAUUGAGAAACCGGUAACAGUGGAGAAGGUUAUAGAAAAGAAGAUUGCUGUCCCUUAUCCCGUGGAGAAGAAGAUACCGAUUCCAGUAGAAGUUCCUAAACCGUAUCCCGUUGACAGAAUUAUAGAGAAGAAAGUACCAUUUCCGAUCCACGUGAACAGAAUAGUUGAGAAGAGAGUCCCAGUGCAAGUUCCGUAUCCAGUAAAACAGAUUGUGGAGAAGAUCGUAGAAAAACCCGUCGUCGUGACCAAAUACGUCGACAAACCUUAUCCCGUGGAGAAGAGAGUUCCGUAUCCGGUAGAUAGAAUCGUUGAGAGGAAAGUACCGUAUCCAGUACACAUACCAUAUGAAGUUCCGUACUUUAUUGAGAAAAAUAACCAAAAAUCUGAACAUCCAUAUCAAUUCGAGAAGAACGAUAAAGUGACAACUCUAUACAGCUAUGGCGUGAGUCAGGAAGCUUUACAGAGAGUGGCGGAUUACUUGAAGUUGAGCCACGAAGACUACAAGCAACAGGCCUUGGACCAGUAUACACAGACACCCGCGGAGACUAAAACAAACUAUCAAAUACAACCAGCUAAUGCCCACGUUCUCAAAAACAUACAAAAUAUAACUCCCGUAUACAAAAACCUGGAAAAACAAUACGCGUCUUCAUACACAUACAACACGACGAGACCCACACACAGAGAUGUUAAAUACUACGGACCAGCGCCGGUUGAUAGUUACGACGAGAGCUGGGAGAAAAAUAAAGAAUACACGGAGAGUUUGAGACGAACGGAGAGAAUGCCUAAAGUUAGUGACGUCAGAAUAGAAUACGGGUUCAAACCACCACUAAGACCGAGCACCGAGAUAGAUUUAAACGGAGUUCCCAUUAAAAAAGAUAAUUCAUGA